GAGGAGCCUCUUGGGAGAACUGAGCCCAACUACAGUGGCUGCUGUGUGCUCUGUCUUCCCUAGUGUCUGCCAUGGAGGAGAUAUCAAUAUAUCUUAUCUAAUAAAAGAGAAACAUGAGAAGAAAAACAACACAAAACAACUUCCAGUUGCUCUUGCAGCUCCCUUACACAGCACUCUGAUGUAGUAGAGUGUGAAGAGCUUUGAAGUCACACCCUGUGUUUCAGUUCCAGCUCCCCCACCUACUAGCUGUGUGACCUUGAGCCAUCAAAUGAGGAGAUGUGUGUACAUUGGCCAAGGUUUCUGGACUGGACAGUUAGGAGCCUGGAGCACCCAUCUUCUGGAAAAGCCACUCCAAGCUCCACACUCUUCACUGCUACUUAUUCUUGAUUUCCCACCUCCUUGGAGACAACAAGCUUCUGAUGUCCCCAGCAGCCUUGAGUCUUCAACAUUCUGGAAGCAUGGACCGUUUGGACUUGCUCGGGUUCCUCAUCAUCACGUUAAACUGCAAUGUGACUAUUGUGGGGAAGAUCUGGCUUAUCUUCAUGAUCCUGCUAAGGAUGGUGGUGAUCAUUGUGGCUGGGUCCCCCGUUUAUCAGGAUGAGCAGGAGAGGUUUGUGUGCAACACUCUGCAGCCCGGGUGCGCCAAUGUCUGCUAUGAUGUCUUCUCCCCAGUGUCCCACCUGCGCUUCUGGCUGGUCCAAAGCGUGUCUGUUCUCCUCCCUUCAGUGGUUUUCAGUGCCUAUGUGCUGCACAAAGGAGCUGAGCUCGCUGCCCGGGGACCCUGUGGGCCAGAUGGUGGUUCAGGAAGCCAGGACCUCGAAGACCUGAGCCCCAGGGAUAGGCUCUGCCCUCUGCCCUGCAGGGAGGGGCGCAGCCUAGUGGUUCCAGACUUCUCCUACGGCUACAUUGUGCACCUCUGUCUCCGGACCCUGGCAGAGACAGCUUUAGGGGCCUUGCAUUACCUCCUCUUCGGAUUCUCGGUCCCCAACAGGUUUUCCUGCACCCACUCUCCCUGCUCUGGCUCAGUGGAUUGCUACGUCUCUCGGCCCACAGAGAAGUCCAUGCUGAUGCUCUUUCUCUGGGCACUCAGCGCGCUCUCUGUGCUGCUCAGCGUGGCCGACCUGCUCUGCAGCUUGGGCAGGAGGACUCUCGGGGAGCCGGGACCCGCCGAGUGUCCCCGGGAAAGGAGGCCAGAUCCGGUGGUGAUGGAUAGGCCGGGGGAGGAAAGGGUGUUGCUAGCACACCGGGGCCUGUGGACCAGAGGGCACGGUGCCCACAGCCCCAGUGGUCAGUGGGUUGUGUCGGGGCGGAUGGAGCUUCCAGAGGAGGAUGAGAGUGAGGGGCUGUCCUUUACCAGCGACAAGGUCUCCAGGGCUUGCACAGAGCCUGGGGGCAGGCCUUGCGCAGAGGUCCCUCCGGACUCCCGAAAUGAGCAUCCCUUAAAACCCCACCGUCUGCAGGCCCAGCACUGCCCGUCCAGUCUGUGGCAACCCUCAACCCGCCAGGCUGGCGCUGGGAGCGCCCCUCUCCUGGGGACCAGAAGGUCCGAGUGGGUGUGAAAAGGGCGGCCAGGCAGUGCAGUGACUGAAAGACUCGAACCCUAACAUCACCUUGGCACGUGGAAAAUCUUUAUGUUCCUGGAGAAUAUCAACGGGCAGGAAGGCCAGCUGGCCUGUGACAAGGACUUCGUGGGACACACACAGACUUGUACUAUUGAUUUAAUUUAGAUCACCCUGUCUGCUGAAAGAAACCCUGGCAUUCAAAUUUGGACUGGAAGCUAAAAUGAUUGAUUACAAAGUGUCAGGUUGCUUAGGGAUUAUGCUAUACUCUGACUGGCUUGUUAUCUUAUUCUUUAUCAUAGUAUGUGCUUUAUGUAAAGCAUGUUCUUUUACAUUAACAGAGUUCAUUACUGUUUUAAUAUUUUCCAGUGAAUUAUUAUGAGUCUUUUUCUUUUUCUUUGUUUUUCAUUUUUUCCUUUUUGUUUAUUUUUCUGCUUGGAUAAAAAAAAAGGCACCUUAAGCAUGUCAUCAGUAGAGACACAUUAGUUUAACUUCUCCAAACCCCUUUAAUAAAAUUAAUGGU